GAGCGUUCUACGCAUAUAUGCGCAUGCGUGUGAGUGCGCGCUGUGUGCAAAGGUGGAGAAGAAUCUCGAGAAAACACUACGUUUGGAAGGAAUGUUAAACCAUUUGGAAGUUACUUAAAUAUUUUAUAAUUUAGAAUUACGUAGUUUCAUAUAUAUAUAUAUAUAUAUAUAAAUAUAUUCGCUAAAAUGUCCAGAAAGAACACCAUAGGACCAGAAUACUUCCGGCUGCGUGAUAAUGAGCGCCUCAUGCGGACUCACGAGGCAAUGGUCGAUUUUAUAAAUGAUAGACCUACAAACCACAGCUUUUUAGAUGCCUUAAGUUUUGGUUAUGGGUUUGUUCCAGAAUUGGACCGGUUUGCAGCUCAGUUUACAGGGUAUGAAGGUUCAUCUGAUGAGGAUUAUUAUUAUGAUGAUGAUGACGAUAGGUAUGCCAUCCGUACAAACAACAGAUACUGUGGCUUUUCUCGCAACUUCCUUGAAAGAAGUCUGCCAAAACCAUCCAGACACUUAACAGCUGAGGAAACAGAAAGAAAUGCAAAAGAGCUAGUGGAUGAAGAAGAAAAACUUAAGAAAAAGGCAGAGAAGAAAAAACAGAAAAGGAUGAGACAGAAGGAGAGACGUCGGCUGGAAAAAUUAGAAAAGGAGAAUACAGAUAAAGAAAAAAAUAACCCGGUGCAAGUUGACCCUGGACCAGAAAAGACUAAACAUGCUGAUAAAAAUGAAAAUAAAAUGAAAAACAAAAAUUGUUCAUCUGUGCCUCCUGAUCCUCAAUGCGCCUCAGCACCUGUGCAGAGCAGUGAUAGCAGUAGUGAAGACAACGGAGACGAUGGUGAGGAAGACUCAACUAUGGAACCAGAGGAGCUUGACAUGAAUAGCUGCUUUGUGUCAAACGCAGCUGCUAUCGCCAAACGCAAACUAGAACAAAAACCCAAACCUGACAAGAAAUUUGCUCAAGCAAACUCAAGAAAACAGUGUGGCUCCGAGCAGAAAGACACCACUCCGCCACGAAAACAGAUUGAUAUCAAGGAGGAGAAGUCCGAGGAGACUGUCAGUGCAAAUGACUUGAUUAUGAGAAGCAUGGAGUUGGCAGUUAUAGGUAACCAGUAUGCCGUCUCAGGAAACCUGGAAAUGGCUGUGAAAUAUUUUACAGAUGCUAUAAAACACAAUCCUAAAGAGUAUAAGUUAUUUGGGAAUCGUUCUUACUGCUAUGAAAAGAUACUGCAGUAUGAGAAAGCUUUAAAUGAUGCUGAUAUUGCUCUUUCUAUGAACCCCAAAUGGAUUAAAGGUCUUUACAGAAAAGGCAAAGCGCUUGUUGGACUGAAGAGAUACUAUGAAGCCAGACUUACAUAUAAUGAAGUGUUAAAACUGGACAGCACAUGUAAGGACGCAGCUGAGGAGAUGAUGAGGGUGCAGCUCAUGCAGCUUGUGGAAAUGGGAUUCACUAAAGAGCAGAGUUCAAAUGCCCUUAUUCUUCAUGGAACUGUAGAAAAAGCCUUAGAAAGUCUCUCUGGUCAGUCAGGUUUAAGCCCUGUCCUAGUGCCCGGAGAGCGCGAGUUUAUGUCCGUAAAGCAAAACCCACAACCUCCAGCUAAAUUCCUCCUCAGACCUCUUCCUCCGAAUCAGCCUCAAGCCAGUAUGCCAACCGCUUCUCCAGUUCGUCAUCAUCCUCCACAGCUAUUCCCCGUCUGGGUCGGAGAUCUGGUGCCUUCUAUAACAGAGCCAAAGCUUUAUGACUUAUUCAGAUCUGUUGGGCAUGUCCAUAGUGUAAGAGUGUUACGAAUGAGACACUGUGCAUUUGUUAACUACACCAAGAAGGAGGACUGUGAGAAAGCCAUAGAAGAUUUCCAUGAUUAUGCCAUUGAUGGGACAACUCUAGUGGUGCGUUAUCCAGAUAGGAUUCACGCACGUCUUGGAGUGUCCAGAGAUGCAUCUACAGAGUCCUCAGGGAAGAAUGGCAAACAGCCUGAUGAAUGUUAUUUUUGGAGGACAAAUGGCUGCAUUAAGAAUGGCUGCACUUACAAGCAUAUACCAGAAAACAAAGGCAUUGACCGAAAUAAAGCCAAAUCACACCCCUGAUUCCCAGCACACCGACAGGGAUUUAACCAUCUCAAUCUCUGUAAUUAGUUGGAUACAGUAAAAAUUCACAUGGAUAAAACGUCAGCGUGGGGCUUUGGUGUUUGUUUGGUCAUUCUUCUGAAUAUUUUAUCAUUUCUGUUUAAAAAAUAGUCUUAAUAUCAGUCUGUACACAAAGUUGAAGAGAGUUUUAAUUUUGGACAAUGAUGGCUGCAUUUUAAUCAAUUUAUUCUUUAUUUUAGUUUAUUUUUUUGUCCCACAGAAUAAUACAUUCCUUCUUACCAAGUCAGUUAUUGGUUUUAAUGUUUUUCGAGACGGUGACGGUGAAGUUUUAUAUUAAGGCUGUCAAAAGUUUAAUGUAUGGUCACUGCAGAUUUUUUUUACAGCUAUUGGGAAAAAAAUAUGUGCCUUCUGACCCUAUCUGAGGGUUUUAAACCAUAAGUAUUGUUACAUUGAGAGGUUUUAUUUGGACUUCUUAUCUGCAGGUUUUAACCUGCUUCUGUAAAAGCUGAAAUGCCACAAGUUAAAAUAAUUAAAUUUGUCAAUACUCCUGAUGUACUCUGCCACUUCUGCUGUAGAGAUGAUCUGCAGUAGAUCAGGAAAAAAAGUCCAUGUAGUUGUAGUUGAUAUAUCUGUAAAGCAAUGCAAAAUGACUCUGAUACAAUAAAAGGUGUCCU